GGUUUUUAACGCCUCUCAAACGAAUUCAAAAGGGCUUUAGCGCCGAGUCAAUUGAGAGUGAGCAAGUGAGAAAUCUAUCUUCUAGACUUCUACUACCGCACCUAAUUUUUCUCUCUUCAUUUCUCCCAAUUUCCAGAAACAAAAAAACCUUCUUUCUACAAUUCCCGGCGUAAUCCCAAUUUUCCAGACAAAUCGAUCGAUAAAUCAAAAUGGAAAACCCUAACGUUCAACAGAUUUUGGAGAAGCAAGUUCUAACAGUGGCGAAAGCAAUGGAGGAAAAGAUUGAUGAUGAAAUCGCAGCCUUAGAUCGCCUUGAAAGCGACGAUAUCGAAGUGUUGAGAGAGAAGAGGAUUCAACAGAUGAAGAAAAUGGCGGAGAAGCGUAGCCGUUGGAUCUCUCUUGGCCAUGGCGAGUAUUCUGAGAUUCCGUCUGAAAAGGAUUUCUUCUCUGUUGUUAAAGCCAGUGAACGCGUCGUUUGCCAUUUCUAUCGCGAGAAUUGGCCUUGUAAGGUAGUGGACAAGCACUUGAGUAUUUUGGCAAAGCAGCAUAUUGAGACUCGCUUUGUAAAAAUUCAGGCUGAGAAAAGUCCAUUCUUAGCCGAAAAGCUGAAGAUUGUUGUCCUUCCAACCCUUGCUAUUAUUAAGAAUGCCAAAGUUGAAAACUAUAUGGUUGGUUUCGAUGAGCUUGGUGGCAAGGAUGAUUUUAGCACAGACGAAUUGGAGGAGAGAUUGGCUAAGUAUCAGGCUAUCAUCUUUGAGGGUGAAUCAUCUGUAAAGUCUUCUCGGUCUCAGGGGCAUACCAGAAGUGUGCGACAAAGUGAAACCCAUGAUUCAUCAAAUUCUGACUAGAAAUAUCUGAGCUGCCAGCCCUUUGGAGGCCUAGGUCACUUAGUUUGUCUUCUUGAUUUCUUGGCAAUUUUGAAUUUGGUAGUGAAUGCGGGAGCAGAGCGCAUGGGGUUGGGAAGGAGAAAGAGGCUUCAUAUUUGGGAUGUAGUUCUUUCAGAUUUUGUCUUGAUCAAGUGGAGUUAGUAUUAUAUAUUGUUCUUUUAAGUACAACACCGAGCUGCCUAGAGCCUCGCCCCUAUGUUAGCUAUAUAAAUAUAUCGAAGUACUUUGUAGUAAGUAGUCCACUCAUUUAUAUCAAUAGGCUACUUGCUAAGUUGCUAGUACUGAUAUGUAAGCAUUUGAUAUCUCCUCCAUUUUUAUCAUCGAAGUACCUAUUAAUCCAAGUUGAAGAGUUUACGACAA